UGUACUCAAAAGGAUGAAAUCUCCAAUUCUAUGAGGGUAUUACAGUCACGCAGGAUUGUGUUCUUGGAAAUCCCGGUUACGCCCCCAAUUUCUUCACUAUAAAUAGAUCUCUUCCCCUAAACCCUAGAAUUCUUCCGUGCGGCGACUCUCUUCUCCACGAUUUUUCAGGAAAAUCGUCACCGGACCUGUUUGGCAGAAAACUCUGUUUUUCUCGGUUCCGAUUACAACUGAAUACGGUCUGCGGCUCUCUGCGUCUUGAGCGGCAGCAACUCUCCGACAAGCCCUCUACUGGUGACCACUCUCCAGAAAGCCCUCAGAAGCUUCGGAGUUGUUUUCGAAAACAUUAGAAAAACAACUCUACGACGUUUCAAUUUUGUAAUCUUCUAUUGGCCUUCAAUCCAUCAAAACAUGGGAAAAGCAAAGAAAGCCCAAAAAUUUGCUGUCAUGAAGAAGAUGGUCACCUCCAAAGCACUUAAAAAACACAAAGAAGAGGUUUUGAACCCUACCAAGAAGGACGAAAACAAAGAGAAAACCUCCAGAAAUGUGCCAUAUGUUCCGUCCGCUCUUUUCUUCAAGUACAACACUGCUUUGGGGCCGCCUUAUCGGGUUUUGGUGGAUACCAAUUUCAUCAAUUUUUCUAUUCAGAAUAAACUUGAUCUGGAGAAAGGGAUGAUGGACUGCUUAUAUGCAAAAUGCACUCCUUGUAUCACGGAUUGUGUGAUGGCAGAGCUUGAGAAGUUAGGUCAGAAAUACCGCGUGGCUCUGAGGAUUGCAAAGGAUCCUCGGUUUGAAAGAUUACUCUGUACUCAUAAGGGAACUUAUGCUGAUGACUGUAUUGUUGAUAGAGUUACUCAGCAUAAAUGCUACAUUGUUGCUACAUGCGAUCGAGACUUGAAGCGAAGGAUUCGCAAGGUCCCUGGUGUGCCAAUAAUGUACAUUACAAAACACCAGUAUUCAAUUGAGCGGUUGCCCGAAGCGACAAUUGGUGGAGCUCCAAGAAUUUAAACUGUGAUUGGUAGCUUACAGGCGUGAGGAAGACAGGUGAUUCUGUUUUUGCUAAUUAUCAAUUUUGUUUACUUGUUGUAACUAAAACCAUCUCUAGAUUCAGGUGGAAUUAUGAAUUUUUGUUGAUCUACUUCUCUUUUAGAGACCACAGAUUCUACAGUGUAAUUUCUAUCAAAUGGGGUGCUUCUUGCUCAUUCAACUCAA